AUGGCACUUACUAUCACCAUUGAUGACGAGGCGUGCACGCUACCGAUGGCUAAAGUGUACAAGUAUCCCAUGCUUGUCGACAUGCUGACUGCGAGCAACUCGGAUUUGGAUUCCGAACAGGAUUUGGAACUGGAUCUGGAACUGGACUUAUCCGAAACCCCCGUGCGACUGGUUGAUUUGACGGGCGAAAAACUCUUCACCGAGGCCAACAUUAUAGCCCGUGACUACCUGGGCUGCAGCACGGUUGUCGACAUUGUCGUCUUUGCAUCGCUCUGGGUUGGCCAGCCCGAACGCAAUUUCAAGCUCUCCAAUCUUCCGGCUGAACUCUUGAACGUGUUUCUGGAAAAGAUUCCGUUGUGGUACGCCUUGAAAUUGCACCUGGUGGGCGAUGCACGUGCACAUGUGCGGAUUGCCAAGGCGUUACCCGGUUUACAGGCUUCACCUGGAUGGCUAGACUCGGCCGGGGUGCUGGCGUAG